GUUUUUCCCCAGACGUAUGUACUAGCGUAAUGAAAUUCGCCGAAAUGUAUUUACUCGAGAGGUUGCACAGAGGUCAACGAACUCGUGAAAUAUGGGUCAAUGAGUAUACUCGUACAUAAAUGAGUCGAAAGUAGGGAAAAUUAUAAUCACGUUGUGGGCUACCUCGUUGAGAACGAAUAUCGAUACCGAAACGUGUGGUGUUCGUACUUGAGCCAGUAACCUACGUAAAGCAGGCCGGUGUUGAUCGAAGAAGAAAUGAAGAGUAUCUAUUUCGAGAUAUUUUCAAUUCCAAACAAUUGUAAUGAUGAGUCGAAGAUGAAGAAUUCACUAUCACGAUCAAUGAUACGAAGCUAAAAUUGAAUUGAAAACAAAAGUUAUUGCACAGUUCCUUUUCAUCAAAAAAAUGAAGCAUUUAACGUGCUUGCGGUAUCUGAUAUAGUUUAGAAAUCCAUCAAGGUCAUCUUCAAGGUCUGGGAUUUUUUGAAAGGUGACCCAAUAUGGCGUUUGGAUUGAUCGAUUAUGUGGUGUUUGGCUCGAUGCUGUUUAUUUCUGCGGCUAUUGGGACGUUUUAUCGAUUCACUGGAGGGAAGCAAAAGACUGACGACGUUAGAAUACUUACUCGGAGACAGAAACCAGAAUCCAAUUUUGGUCGCUGUGUCGCUGAUGGCUAGCUUCAUGUCGUCUAUAUCGAUUCUAGGAGGAGAUGCUGAAGUAUUCAAUUAUGGAACCCAUUUUUACACUAUCAAUAUCGGAUGCCAGAUCGGUAUUUUAAUCGCUAUGGUUUGCUAUGUGCCGGUGUUCUUGAAAUUGGAAUCUGUUUCUAUGUAUCAGUAUUUGGAGUUGAGAUUCGGUAAAACCUUGAGAAUCGUGUCUAGUUCGGCAUUUAUCGUGCAAAUGAUCUUGUACAUGAGCAUCGUGCUGGUAGCUCCAAGUAUCGCUCUGCAGAUUAUUACGCAAAUGCCUUACGUGACGUGUAUCUUAAUCGUCGGAUUUGUGUGUACUUUUUAUUCGACGAUCGGAGGGAUCAAAGCGGUCAUUUUAACGGAUUUAUUUCAAGGAUCACUCAUGUUUAUUUCGUUAUUUUGCGUAUUUAUCACGGCUUAUCUUCACUUCGGCGGAUUUUCGAAAGUUUUUGAAAUCGCACGCGAUCACGGUAGACUAGAUUUUGGCAACUUUAGUUUUGAUCCCACGGUGAGACAUUCCUGGUUUUCAACUUUGGUUGGAGGUGCCAUCCAAGGUAUUACGUUAAAUGGUAUCAAUCAAACGCAGAUCCAAAGAUAUCGAACAUUGAAGAAUCGUAAAGCGGUGAAUAGAUCGAUUCUGUAUUUUGGUCCCAUCAUGAUCGCAUUGUCCUUGUGUACAAUGAUGACCGGACUUAUCGUAUUUGCGAGAUAUCACGAUUGCGAUCCUCAAAGAUCUGGCAAAAUCCUUAAGACUGAUCAAGUUCUUCCAUUAUAUGUAAUUGAUAACUUUGAACUGCCUGGACUGAGCGGAUUGUUUGUUGCUGGCAUAUUUUCAGCAGCUUUAAGUACCAUUUCUCCUUUGUUGAAUUCGUUGGCAGCUGUUACCGUAGAAGAUUAUUUCAAACCUAUCUACUUCAAAGUGAAAGGAAAACAAUUCAAGCAGAAGACCAGCAUAAUUUCUCAAAUACUUUCACUGACGUAUGGUUCCCUCUGCAUUAUAAUCGCUCUGCUAACAUUGAAUAUGAAAUCAAUGCUGACUGCGGCGAUUGUUGUUUUCAACGUGGUCGGUGGGCCUAUCUUGGGCAUGUUUUCGUUGGGCAUUUUUGUUCCUUUGGCUAACCAAUGGGGUACUUUGGUGGGAUUUAUAAGCGGCUUAAUAGUCACAUCUUGGAUCUCAAUAGGGCAGCCUCGGCCACCACCAGUUCCAUUACCAACUCGUGUAGAUGGAUGUCCAGCAGGGACUGUUUUACUUAAUCAAACUACGCCAAUAUUAGGACGAGAAAAUUACCCUUAUUUAUUCCGAAUUAGUUACCUGUUUUAUGGAGUGAUUGGAUUCUCAGUUACCUUUUUUUUAGGCAUCUUAUUUAGUCUGAUUUUUCGAUCAAAAAAUGAGAAAAAAAUCGAACCAGAGUUAUUGCACGAGCUCGUGGCCGGUUCUAUGGCCAACAAGAAAACCGAACUGAUUACUACUGACAAUACUGACGACGUAGAAUAAAUUAAGAAGAUGAAAGAAAAAUUCCAUAUGUACUCGUAUCUUGUAUUUUUCGUAUUUUCUUGUCAUUUUUUGUUCAAAUAAAUAUUUUUUUGAUUUUUUAAA